AUGGAUAAGGACAGCCAAAAACAAGGUUCAGAACUGCAGUCGAGCAUCUCGUGCACAGUGGUUUAUGAGCGGGCAUAUCUCGUGAGAAAUCGAAAUCGUCUCUUUUUGCAUCAGGCCGUCCAAAAGGCUUCCGUGUGGAAUCAUGAUCGCCGAAACAGUUCUCUCUGUCUCGGACUUGGACAACGCUCUUCGGCUCUCUCAUCCGGCCCCACUGUCACCUGC